AGAAAAAGGCUCAGCGUGUGCCCUGGGGCUUCAUUGGAGGAAUCUGAAGGCAGCGUCAUGCCGAUGUGUCCCUCCUUUCCAAGUGGCAGAUAAAGCAAUACAAGAGGGCUGGAAAGAGGAGAAAUCAACCAUCCAUCAGACAAAGAAGAGACUGAUAUUGAGACCAAAUAUACAGAUGGGUCCGGACUCUUGCUCCCACUUCUCCCAUUCUCACUUCUUGGUCAUCCUUUUUGUCCUGCAAGUCACAGACAUAGUGGCCUGUCCCAAGGAUUGGCUGUCUCACAGAAACUCUUGUUUCGGCUUAUUCACGAAUAUCAAGAUGUCUUGGAAUGACGCAGAGGUGGCCUGCCAGAGCAAGGCAUCAGGAGGCCACCUUGCGACUAUCUCAUCUGAGAUUGAGAUGAAAUCCAUAUCGUCUUUCAUCAGCAGGAACUAUGGUAAUGUGGGCAACAUCUGGAUUGGACUGCAAGAUGGUGGUAGGGCACCGAACAGGAUAUGGCAAUGGGAAGAUCUGUCGCCUGUCGUCUACUCCUCUUGGGCCCCUGGACAACCCAAGGGUGUUAAUGAGAAAUGUGCCACAUUGAUUUCUCCUGGUUACCUGAAAUGGAGUGCCGACGUUUGUUCCAAACUGCAUGGCUACCUGUGCCAGUUUCUAUUAUUCUGAGGGCAGCACUCGAUUGAAGCUUCAACCCGCUCAGCUCCUUGGAGAGAGGGUGGCACUUCCAGCUCACUUUCUCCUAUGGAAGGCUGAGCUUUUCUGUUUUCUACAUGCCAAGGUUAUAUUCCCAUAGAGCACCCGAGGAUCACUCUCGCUCAGCUCUAUGAUGUGACCUUUAAUUAAAAAAAAAAUACGAUCCUCCAA